AUGUCUGCAAUCUCAUCCGACGGUAAAACCUUCUCCGUGGAUGGAAGAGGCGCAAAAUAUAAUAGCCGUGAAGAUAUUGGGUCGAUAUUAGACGGGGUCGAUCCGGUACUUAUAGAGGAAGUACACUUUGGUGGCAAUACUAUUGGUGUAGACGCGUCUUUGGCUCUAGCGGAGUGGCUGCAAAAGGCUUCAAAUAUAAAGAUCGCUGACUUUGCAGAUAUCUUCACUGGAAGAUUGAUCUCAGAGAUCCCGCAGGCUUUAACUGCCAUUUGUGAUGCCCUGAUAGACAAGACAUCCCUCAUCGAGCUCAAUCUCAGCGAUAACGCUUUUGGAGGGCGUUCGGUCGACCCCAUGGUCCCGUUCCUUACGAAGAACAGAAGCUUCCAGGUGUUGAAGCUCAAUAAUAACGGUCUCGGUCCCGCUGGAGGACAGGUACUCGCCAAUGCUCUCUUAGAUUCCGCCAAGCUCAGCAAGGCAGAGGGGAAAACGUCCAACCUGCGUACAUUCAUUUGUGGACGUAAUCGAUUAGAAGAUGGCUCGGCUUCCGCCUGGGCUGAAGCCUUCGCAGCUCAUGGAGGUUUGAUUGAAGUCCGCAUGCCACAGAACGGGAUUCGGAUGGAUGGCAUAACAGCUCUUGCAGGUGGUUUAGCCAAGAACCGCAACUUGCAGUAUAUCGAUCUGCAGGAUAACACGUUCACCUUCGAGGGUGGACUUACUGGUGUGAAAGCUUGGGCAAACUCAUUAAGGGCAUGGCCAGACUUGCACACCCUCAACCUCUCCGACUGUUUUCUCUCAGCAAACGGAGAAGUACCGGAGCUCGUCACUGUCCUCGCGGAGGGAUCGAAUCCCAAAUUGCACUCUUUGCAGCUGCAAAAUAACAACCUUGAGGGAGAAACAUCUCAAUUACUGGCGGAAAACAUUAUGGAAAAUAUGCGGAACUUGAAAUAUUUGGAGCUACAGUGGAACGACUUCGAGGAGGAAGAUGAGCAUCUGAGUGCUCUGAGAGUGAGCAUGAAGCAGAGGGGAGGGAAGUUGUCUGUCACUGAUGAAGACGAGGAGGAACAGGAACAGGAGGAUGCAGAAGAAGAAGCUGAGGCACGAGCUGAGAAGGAGGCGGAACUUGAAAUGGACUUGGAGGAGAAAGCAUUCCAAGGAAAGACCGAAAAAUACGAGGCUGAUGAGCUCGCAAAUCUUAUGUCGAAGGUCGAGAUCGAAUAA